AUGGCCCGGGAAGGAGAAACACAGGAAGAGCGGAAAGCGCGCAAGGCUGAGAAGAAGGCUGCCGAGGCCGCUGAUGCCGAGAAGGAUGUCGAGAUGAAGGAGCCCGACGCCGAGAAGCCCGAAGAGAGCAAGGAGGAACGCAAGCGCCGAAAGGCCGAGAAGAAGAAGGAGGCCGAGGCUGGCGCUGCCGCUGCGUCUGAGUCCGCUGAGCCCGAGUCCACCGAGUCUGAGACCAAGGAGGACAAGAAGAGCAAGAAGGACAAGAAGGAGAAAAAGGACAAGAAGGACAAGAAGCGCAAGGCGGACGAUGUCGAGAUCCUCGCAGAGUCCUCCGCCGCUCCCACCGAGACACCCGCCGAAACCCCGGCCGAGACUGAGACCGCCCCAAAACGCAAGAAGGCCAAGAAGGUCAAGUCCAAGACCGGAUCCGUCGACUCGUCCGUGUUCCAGGAAUCCGGCCUGUCCGAACCAGCCAAGAAGGCCAUUUUCUACGCGCAGCUCUACGCCGCUCAGCAGGUUGAGGGAGGGGGUGUGUGGAAGUUCAACAAGGCAAGGCAGGGCUGGCUGCUCCGGAACUAUUUUGAGGCUGUUCCCGAGAAGUAUGUCGAUGUUGUGGCUCAGUACCUCAAGACCGUUGUUGGAGGGGUGAGGAAGGCACUGGAGGAUAAGGCUAGGGAGUAUGUUGAGGCCCGCGUUCCGAAGGAGAAGGGGGAGCCUAAGGAGGGUGAGAGUGAGGAGACGAAGGAGGGAGAGGAGAAGCCCGAGUCCGAAGGAGAGACGAAGGACGACGGCAAGGCAGGAGAGACCAAGGACGGGGACAAGGUCGACCCCGAGGUCGUCGAGACGCGGCGGACGCGCGCCCGUCUUCUCCUGGACGCAAUGAACUAG